UAAUACUUCGUAGAAAUCGCCGCGCUGCGAAAAUACCGAUGUCGUCGGCACGACAAACGAGCUUGAUGCUUCCCGAAGCCAACACGAAGGACCCCAAGGUUCGUGCGGAGCUGUAUAUGGCUUCACACGGCAUCAAGGAGCUUUUCGAGGGCCUGGGAACGCUUCUCCUCUACCACCGACCUUCCAACCCUCGCGAGUUCCUCAUUCAGCAGCUUGACGAAAUGCGAACAGCCAAGCAAGAGCAACGUCACGUCCCCUUCUUCGAGGAGAACGAUCUCAAGGUGAUGUUCGCUGCUUUCGACAUCAAAGAGCUAGGAUUUAUCACCACGGAGCAAUAUGAUCAAGCGCUACUAAAUCUUGGGAUUGAAAAACCAACACUGCGCCUGCCCGAAUCAGUAUCAACAAUCAACCAAGCACUCUUUAUUCGCAGCGUGACGCAAGAGCUCAAGAAUGCGUCGGCCUCGUUCAUGUAAAAGCUUUCGCGAUCUCAAACUCUCGAAACAAAAAGUA